AUGGAAAACAAAGAGAAUAACACGAUUGCCAGAGGUCUGCACGAUAUCUGGACACAUCGCGGCCAAAGCACGGUUAUGCGAUGCGGUCCACAGUUCAAGUUCUUCGAGUACCGUGAGGAAAACACCACCGAACUGAUGACACCUUCCGAAUCGAGGCACUCUUUGUCGUCCAUAAAAUCGAUUCCUGUAGUAAUUGGAGGUGCUGGCAGUACUUGUCCGAAUAGUGAAGCAACACGUAUCGAGUGUGGCUCGUGGGCUAGUGAAGUGUCGAUGGCGAUGGGUGAUGCAGUAAAUGCUAGCGGCAGCGAUAUCAGCGGCCAAAUCGCCGAUGCGAUGCGCGAUCUGGAAGUGGAUGAACAGCCGCCAGCUUCUGAAGUGUUCUUUGACACUUCUCCUGGUAUUGGACGGAAAGCAUCGAAAACGAAAGUUGUCAUGGAUGAGGAGGAUUUGGAUUUCGAUGACUUCAGAUAA